AUGUUGUUUGAAGGGAGGUUGGCAGCUAUAUUUGUUCAUGUGUAUAUAGUGGAUACAGUUCUUGUACUUUGGAACAUCAAGUGUACUGUUUGGAGUGAGGAAGAAAAGUUGCAAGACGUAAUACUGUGGACUUUUAGGAUGACAGAAGUACCAACUACACCGCGGAAAGAUGAUCAGGGCAUUGGAGCGAGCGGUAUCCCUACAAGCCAUGCAGCAAUGAAGAGGAGAUAUACAACGUCUCCAUCUCCCAAAAACAAGCAUAAUAACGUUGAGAACGAUAUGAACUCAAGACUUUCGCUGGACGGGAAGAUUUCGACGGGGAUACAAUCGAUCCUGAACCGUGUUAGUGGGAGUAAUAUCACUUCGCUGAAGUCGCAUUCACACUUGGCGUCGUUUUACAAGCAACAGGUCAAAGAGUUGAACGAUUUACAGACGACACUGUACAAUAGAAAGAUGGAACUGGACGAACUGAGAGAUAAUCUGGAGGUCAGGAAAGAUCAAUUGAAGGAACAGAAAUACGCUGUGGGAAGAGAGAGUGGAUCAAAGAACACCAAAGAACAACAAUUGCGACUGAGGCAAACGGAGCUUUCCAAGUUGAAAGAGGAUCUAGAGGCCAGGAAAAAGUUCUUGCUUGAUGGGUUUAAGUUGCAUUUGAAGCAGAUGGAGGUGGAGAAUCAAACAAAAAAAAAUAAACUUGCCAUAGAGUACCGCGAUAAGUUGGAGGCUGUGAAAAGGGUUAAAAUCAAAAAAAUGGAGGACGAGAAGGACCAAUUGGCUAAAGAGGUCGAUGUGUUGAGGGAAAAAAUUGCCAACAAUGAUUCCACAUUGGAUGACAUGCUGAGGGACGUUACACAAAAAUAUGAAAAUAUGAAGGAACCUUGGCUCAAAUCAUUUGAAGUGAAGUGGAAGGAAAAUGUAGAGAUAAAUGAAAAAUGCAUUCAGGAAAUAACCGAACUCCGUAAAGAACUGGAAGAAAACUUACAACCCAAGGCUGAAAAACUUAAAUCGAAAUUUGACAGCUUGAAGGAACAAAGAGAUGAGCUGAUUGCUAAGCUCAAACAACAACAGAAAGAGCAUAGAAAGAUAGAAGAGGAAAUAUCGCAGAAAAAGACGACAUUAAGGGAGACAGAGGAACGCGAGGCAUCUCUGAAGGAGGAGAUUUCAAAGACUGAGUCCGAUUUGAAGGAACUGAACGAAAUACUCAUCAAAGAAGAGACUUUGAGAAGGUCUCUACAUAACAAGCUGCAGGAACUUAGGGGUAACAUUCGAGUGUUCUGUCGUAUACGUCCGACAUUGGAGCAUAUAGAAGAUCCAGACACGGGACACAUCACGGUAAAUCCAUUUGAUAACAACUACGGUGUUCAGUCAAUGGAAGUGAUGAAGCAGAGCAGUUUUAGUAGAGCUCCAGUGAGCUUCAAAUUUGAUAAAAUCUUCGACACAGGGGAAAGCAACGACGAGGUUUUCAAAGAGGUAGGACAGUUGGUUCAGAGCUCACUGGACGGCUACAACGUCUGUAUUUUUGCUUAUGGUCAAACAGGGUCUGGUAAAACGUACACGAUGUUGCAUCCUAACGACGGUGUCAUUCCGGCGACAAUUAGUCAUAUUUUCGACUGGGUUGAAAACCUCAAGGAGCGUGGGUGGGAAUACAAAAUUAGCUGUCAAUUCGUCGAAAUUUACAACGAGAACAUUGUAGAUCUUUUGAGAAGCAAUGAAAAUGGGACUCCAUGGGUGAAUGCUGGUAAGUGCGAUGUAAGACACGAUCAUGAUUUGGGGAAGACAACCAUUACCAAUGCUACAACGUGUGUUUUGGAGUCUAAGGAAAGUGUGGACAAGGUUUUGAAAAGGGCCACAAAGCUGCGGUCUACUGCGUCGACUCUCUCGAACGAGCAUUCGUCGCGAUCUCACAGUAUAUUUAUCAUUGAGUUGCAUGGAGUUAAUCACAAGACGAAGGAGGAAUCCUGCGGUGUUUUGAACCUUGUCGAUCUGGCCGGUUCGGAGAGGGUGCAUUCUUCACAGGUGACUGGGGAAAGGUUACGUGAAACGCAGAAUAUCAAUCGGUCGCUGAGCUGUCUUGGUGAUGUGAUCUACGCUUUGAAUGAUAAAAACACGAAGCGGCAUAUUCCGUUCCGUAAUUCCAAAUUGACGUACCUUUUGCAGUACUCGCUUGUCGGGAACUCGAAGACGCUUAUGUUUGUGAACAUUUCUCCUUCGAGUUCGCAUAUUAACGAGACGAUAAACUCUUUGAGAUUUGCAUCAAAGGUAAACGCGACCAGGAUGGCAAAACAUGAGGUAUAA